UCCCUCCCUCUCUCAACCUCGUUUUACAUUUGCACCGCUUCAAGACGCAAAGAUUGCCAAAGCCGAGCUUUCUUGCAAGAAAAAUAUUUUUCUCCCCCUCCAAUUAGAAACAUAUUGCAUCGCCCUCUCCCCAUUUGCUCCCCAAACCUCAUUCUUCUUAUGUGGAUAUGCAAGCAAGAAGAGGAGACUGGAUACUCCCAACAUGCUCACUCCCUUAAUCUGUCCGCCUAGAGGUUCUGCUUCUACAAACCAAGGGAGUGCAAGAACUGAAAAUGAGGCCCCUAGCAGAGUGCUAUUCUUCAAAGUUCUGGCUUAUGCUGGCAGUCCUGGCGACAACAGGUGGUGGGGCCUGGGCCCAAAAGAACCACCCCAGCAUUGGCAUUGCUGUCAUCUUGGUGGGUACCUCUGACGAAGUAGCUAUCACAGAUGCCCACAAGAAAGAUGACUUCCAUCACCUCUCUCUCACGCCUCGUGUGGAACUGGUGGCCAUGAAUGAGACAGAUCCCAAGAGCAUCAUCACCCGCAUCUGUGAUAUCAUGUCUGAUCGGAGGGUUCAAGGUGUGGUGUUUGCUGAUGACACUGACCAGGAAGCCAUUGCCCAGAUCCUGGACUUCAUUUCUGCCCAGACCCUCACACCCAUCCUAGGUAUCCAUGGAGGCUCUUCCAUGAUCAUGGCAGACAAGGAUGAAUCGUCCAUGUUCUUCCAGUUUGGUCCAUCAAUAGAACAGCAAGCUUCUGUCAUGCUCAACAUCAUGGAAGAAUAUGACUGGUACAUCUUCUCCAUUGUCACUACCUACUUUCCUGGCUACCAGGACUUUGUCAACAAGGUCCGUAGCACUAUUGAGAACAGCUUUGUGGGCUGGGAGCUAGAAGAGGUGCUCUUGCUGGAUAUGUCUCUGGAUGACGGAGACUCAAAGAUCCAGAAUCAGCUCAAGAAACUCCAGAGUCCUGUCAUCCUCCUUUACUGUACUAAGGAAGAAGCCACCUAUAUCUUUGAGGUGGCUAACUCUGUGGGUCUGACUGGGUAUGAUUACACAUGGAUUGUACCCAGCUUGGUGGCUGGAGAUACAGACACAGUCCCCUCUGAAUUCCCCACUGGGCUUAUCUCUGUGUCAUAUGACGAAUGGGACUAUGGCCUUCGCGACAGGGUGAAAGACGGAAUAGCCAUAAUAACCACGGCUGCUUCUGACAUGCUGUCUGAGCACAGCUUCAUUCCUGAGCCCAAGAGCAGUUGCUACAACACACAGGACAAGAGGAUCUACCAGUCAAACAUGUUAAAUAGGUAA